AUGAGCUGUGUGUUUGCCUUUCUAUUGAGCACUGUAGGCCGUUUUGUGCUCGUCGGCAUGGGUCCUAGUAAUGAUCACUACAGCGUCCAUAAGGCGCCUGGUCUGAAAACCUUUCCGUUGCUCGAGCGAGAACAUCACAUAUUUACUUCAGUUCCAAAAUAUCAGCACCAUGGCACAUACCAUACUAUAUAUUGCUCAUUUAGGCUCACACAAUCGGAAAUUGUCCGAAAAUUCGACGAUUAUAUUUCCCACCAUGAAGCUAGACUUACAGAGAAUGAUCUUUCGGAUGCAAACCAAGAAUCUGAUGAUUACCUAAAGACAUUAUUUUCUAUAGAGGAAGAUCAAAAUGCGGAGAGAAGGUGCCUAAAAUUCAUGGAAAAAAUAAAUAGAAUUUCGGAGAAAAAUUACAUGUCCAACAGCAGGCUCAAAUUUUCUUGUAGUAUGAAUGCCAUAGCCGGCCUGGCCUUCAAAGGAAAAGUCGGAAUUGACGGGGAUUACAGAUGCUUUGCUCCAGUAGUCAACGGUCAUGAGUAUUUGAUAACAGCUGACAAGCCCAUACAUAUGUCAGAUCUCCUGCCAAAACGAGCUUUACUACAUCAUCAAAAGAGCCCAUCGUUAACCAACGCACUCGUCUGGUACCAAGGAAAUCUGCUUGUUUUUAAAAAGAAAACAGUCCAACGAGAAUCAAAAUGGGCUUUCCAGGCUGUACCUUACAUGCGUAACAUAAAACCCAGCGCGUAUACUCUGUGGAAUCCGAUCACUGAGAUUGGUUCCAAAACAAAAUACGGAAGCCAACUUAGUGACUACAUGAGCAAAAAUUACUCAUGUUACAAGUUAGUCUAUGAUGACAUGGUUAAAAAACCACAUCUAGAAAAAUGGCGGACUGAAGCUGGCAGCUCUGAAUUAUCUCGUGAAUACAUUGCAGCCUAUUCGGCUACAAGGAAACAAAUUAAAAACUGCGCGAAACUCUAUGGUAAUUUAUUUUUCGCCUCGAAUGAAAUGGAAUGGUUUUGCAUAUGA